AUGAGCGACUUUGAGGUGACCGUCGAACUUCAGCAUGUUUUUGGCUCGCUGUGCGGCUCACCACUUCGCGAGCCUGCGCUCUUUGCAGAUAGCACUGGGCAGCAAGUGGCCUUUGCCGUAGGGCGCCAGCUGGCUAUACGCCAUGUCGAAAACAAUGAGACCAGUUUCCUGGGCACGAGUGAGAAAGUGGAACUCAUCACUGCUUGCUGUGCCUCGAGGGAUCGUGCCUUCUUGGCUUUGGCAGAAAAGUGCACCAGUGAAGCACGGAUCUCCAUCUACGAUUUGAGGUCUGGUAAUUCAGGUCCCAUGAAGAGCCUGAAGCCACUGGGCACGGCCGGUGGGCGAUUGCUGUCACUGGCCUUCUCUGCUCCGGUUGAAGGGGCUGGGCCGCGGUACCUCAUGGCGUCCACAAGCGGUGCUGAAGCGACCCUGGUUCUGAUGAACUGGGAUGCCGAGAAGAUCAUAUGCAAAUGCAAGUUGCCUGGCGGUGUGGACCGCCUCAGCUUCCCAUCCCAACCAGAGAAUUUGCAGGUCACAGCUUCUGGGCCCAACAUGUUGCGGCUGAUGCAGAUUCGGCAUGCCAAGGGAGAAGUAUCCUUGAGGGUUCUGCCAGCUUUCAGCAACUUGCCGGAGAAGAAGAUCUUGGAUCAUAGCUGGCUGGAGGGCAGUCGUUUGGUGGUCAUCCAGGAGUCUCAUAUUCACAUCAUCAGUGCCGAGGAGCUCCAGGUGGUCAGGACCAUUGAGGCACCAUUUGGUGAAGCAGACCUGGAUGAAGUGACUCCGCUUUGUGUCCGUGCAUUCACUGGUGGUUUCAUCUUGGGUGGCGCCCUGGGCUACGUGGCCGUGUGGGAAUCCGAUGACGGGGGAGAAGGUGAGUCCAUGAAGAGCGUUGAGGAGGAGUAUCGGCUCUCCACUGCAGCAAAGGUUCGUCCAGAAGGAGACGCUGUUUGCGCACUGGACAUCACUGUGGGUGAAGAGCAGUUGCUCCUGGGCUUUGGAAAUUCGGACAUUGGCAUCAUCGCAAUGGCAUCCUUGUACAGCACAGAGGAGCCUGCAUCGUGUCAUGCAAUGAUGGGAAACCACGCAGCUGCUAUCACGGCCAUGGACAUGGCGGUGCAUCGUCCUUUGAUUGUUACAGCCUGCAAGGGUGAUGGGACCGUGCGAGUCUGGAACUUCACAGCCCGGACGUGUGAGAUCCGCGCCAACUUCGGUGAGGAUUCACCUUGUGCUGUCGCCAUUCAUCCCUUUGGCUACUAUGCAGCGGUGGGCUUUGGAGAUCGCAUUCGCCUGUAUCAUGUCUUGGUGAAGGAUUUGAAGCUCCACAGCGAGAUUCCGCUGCGCGCAGUGCACCAGCUGAAGUUUAGCUUUGGAGGACACCUGCUGGCAGCCAUCCAGGGGAAGCUCAUCCAUAUCUUCAGCGUCAGAACCUUGACCAAGGUGACCACUCUGCAGGGACACACUCGAGAUGUGCUCAGCAUCAGCUUCGACCCUGAGGACCAUACACUCUGGAGCGUUGGUGAUGAAGGCAAGCUCAUUGUAUGGAAUCUCACUACCUUUGAGCAACAUCCCGCGCGAACGGAGCCUACAGCGAAAUGGUGCGCCAUCAGCAGCAUCGCGCAGGACCAAGCUACUUGCAGUGUGAUGCGGAAUGGCAAGCAACUGCUACAACGCUUCUCUCAGUAUGCGCUUGAGUUUGAGACGGAGCUCCAUUGCGCCCAAAUCACGCGACUAACUCACUUUCCUGGCAGCAGUGCAGUAUUGGCUGGCACAGACAAAGGGUCUUUGCAGGUCUACAUGUCCCUCCCCAACGGCAGUCAGCCCAAGAGCUAUGAGUUGCCUUUGCACGGUCUUUCCUGCACUGGCCUUUGUGUCUCAGUGGAUGGCCGCUCCCUUGUCACCGUUGGCGAGGACUGGGUUUCGCUCGCAGGGAAUUCCUUGAUAGGCAAAUCGCAUCGUGAGCCGGAGUGCAAGGUGGAGAUGCAGCGAAACUGCGUGCUCGCCAUGCUACCGGUGGCCUUGCAUGUCACUGACAUGGACAAAUUCUCACCAGAGGCACAAAGCAUUUUGGCCUCCAAGGAGGAGAUCCUGAAGCUGGAACGCCGUUGUGCAACUUUGAUGAGCGAGUGCCGGGGCAUGAAGGACCGCUUGGAACGCGAAGCUUCUCUCCAUGAAGAGCAGUGUGCAGCCAAAGUGGCGCAAGCUCGACAGAAAGACCAAGCUGAAAUCCAGGAGCUGCAGAGACGGUAUGGUGCCCUUGAAGAAGCAUGCUCAGCCAAAGAGCGCGAGAGCCAACGACUGAUGAAGGCCAUGGAGAACCGGCACAACGAGGCGACGGAUCAGCUUUCGAAGCUCUACCAGCGCAAACUGAGCCACGAGUCAGACCGCUUACUGGAUUUGCAGAUCCAGAAAGAGAAGUUGCAAGAGCAGAUGCUGAAGGAGCGGGAAGAGCAUGAAGAGCAGCUGAAACAAGCUGCUGCUGCUGCCAAAGAAGAAGAAAAGAGAUUGCUGGUGGAGCGAGAUCUUGAGAUCAAGAAACACCAGGACCUCUUGGCCUUUGUGCAGCAUCGCUUUGAAGUGGUGAGAGAAGACACUGCUGAGGAGCACGACCAGGAGGUCAUGCGCUUGAAACACACUGGCUGGGAGGCUCUGGAGGAGCAGAAGCAGGUGGAGGUGGACUUGCGAAAAGAGCAAGAAUAUCUUCUCCGAGGCUGGAUGGAACAUGAUGGAACACAAUGGAACAAGAGCAUCAAGGCAGCAUCUGCAGCAGCAUCUGUGGGCUUAGCCCCCGACUUGAAAAAGCGAGUCGAGAUCAUGGCUGAACAUGUGGCCAAGAAUGGACAGGACUUCGAGAACACCGUGAGAGGCAAAAAUUCCAACAAUCCACAGUUCCAGUUUCUUGCUGGUGGCGAAGGCUCUGAGUAUUACCAGGCGCUACUAGCCGCUCACCGUGGCUCCACUGUGGGUACCGUGGCAGUCACUGAUACCAUGGACCUCUCGGAGUUGAUGAAGAGAUGGCCCACCCCGGAGAUCAUGCCCUUGAGCCCGGAACAUGACAGGCAGCUGACGGAGAUCUUGAACUCGUUGGAACGAAACUCUUCAAGGGAAGCCAUUGCUCAUGGGAGGGCUUGGGUUGAGGCACGUGUUGACCUGGCCCCAGCUAUUGCAAGUAAUAUGAUGAAGCGUGUGGUGUUUCUCUCCAGCAGCUUGCACCGGCUUCAUGUGUUGUACUUGCUGCACGACAUUUUCAUCCAUGAAGCACAGCGGUUGGAUACUUUGAGACCUUUGACUUCUGCCUUCAAGCCCUGUCUCGUAUGGAUGGUGAGGCCGACUUACCAAAUUGCACAGUCCGUGAUGCCUGAGAGUGAGGGCUGUGCGAAGAUUCGGAAGCUUUUGACCUUGUGGGUAGAGAAAAAUGUUCUCUCCAGUCAGGAAGCCGACGAGAUUUCAGCGCUGAUGGUUGCAAAUGACUUGCCGUCUCCGCCCCAACCAGGCAGAUUGCUACAGCAGGUUGGAGUUCAGAUGGGCAUGACAGCGUCACAGAUGACGCACGGCUCCCACGGCCUGGUAGGCAGCAUCCUUGGUGCCCUGAAUCCUGGUGUGCCACCGGUCCCAGGGCAACCUGUCCCACCAAACUCAGGUGUGGCUGUGCCAGUCAUGGCAACACCCGGAAACACCGAGGUUCCAGCACCAUGCCAGGCAUUGGUGCCCAGGCUUCCCGGCCAAACACCAGGUGUACCAGGUGCUCUUCCGCUACCAACUCCCAGCGAAAAUCCGGAGUCUGUGCCCGUGGGUGUCAUGUCAUCCAUGCUAAAACAGGUCUCCAGGCGAGGCAAGGACUUGCACGCAGCGUUUGUGCCCUACCGACCACUGGAUCCAUUGUACACGCCGCAGGUGCUGCCACCAUUGCCGCCACCGAACUCUCGCUUAGUGGAGCGACUGGCACAAUUCUAUCGGAUAGUGGGUGAUGCUGCAAAACCUGAGCGACAGGAGCGAAGUCUCGAAAUGCAAGAGAAGGACAGAGAGGCCGUUGAAGAGAAGCAGCAGGAAGCUGCCUCCACGCUGAAGGGCUUGAGGGAGCAAGCAGAGGAGUUGAAACGCACCUUGCAGAGCCUUCAAGGUGAACGCGACGAUCGCGCUGCCACCCUGGCAGAAAAGGAGCGGCGCAUCGAAGGCUACAAGUCCAAGGCCUGGAAAGCUGCGCUUAAGCUGGAGGAUGCCAGAGGCAUCCCGAGGAUCUUUCGUGCGCAGGAACGAACGCUGAAGAAGUUCAAGAUCCUUUUGGAUAAGAAACUGGCAGAGGUGGUGGAGUCUGUGCAACCCAAAGACUCGCUGAUUCAAAAGCUGAAUCAGGAUCUUUCAGAUUUGGAGUCCGAGUUCGAGCGGCAGCUGACCGAGCAACGUGUCUUAGAGGAGAAGAUCGACUCGCGGCGACAGCACGCUGCCAUCCUCACACAGGAAGCCAAGGGGUUUGCGGAUCGCUUGGCGGAGCUGGACACGCACAUCUACAAAUUUAGGAGUGAUGUGCACACCUUGGUGACCCAGACAGACUUGCAGGAAUGGCCGAAGGAGAUCCGGCGGCUGUACCACACCCACGUCUGCGAAGAUGUCCAGGGAAAUCAGCGCCUGCCGCUGGAGGAGAUGAUGAGGCAAAUGAGAGUAGUGGAGAGGCGAGUGACCAGCCUCGCAGCGAAAAGCAAUCAGAUCAGAGCCAUGGGAAAGAUGGACAUGCAACGAAAGGCCAACGAGAAUGCCACUUUGGUCCAUGAGCUCAACCAGUUGAGAAUGCUCAAGUGCUCCUUGGUCAGAGAGGUGAAGGCGUUGACGACGAAGCUGAACGCCUUGGAAAAUGGCACAGAAGGGGAGGACCAGACGGGCGGUUAA